AGGCUUGCAGUAAAAGAGCUCACUAUGAAGUCCCAGAGCACUCACAUACCCAGGCACCUGUCACCUGAAGUGACAGUAACCACCCCCAGGCACGCCCCACACACAGGAAAGGUGGAGUCAGACCAGCACAAAGGGCUCCCCAUCACUCAGACAAGGCCCACCUGGAAACAGUAAUAAAGAGGGUCUGAGCUACCAGCCUCGAGGUGUUUGUGUUUAGUAGGUAGUGAAGGAACCUGAGGAGUAAAUUAAAGAAGGAAAGAUGUAGAGGAAGGGUUUCUCUGCCUUACAGUGUGCUUGGCUGGGCUAUCCUUUGGUGCUGCUAUCCUGUAUCUGUGCCAUCAGAGCAAAUAAGCCUCCUCUUUGUGGUGCUGCUGUAUUGCUUUCACCACAAGCACCAAAGGCUGUCAGAUGCUUUCCUUUGGGACUCAAUUCCAGCUGCAUGACCUAGGAUUACAGUUGCUAUGGCGAUAAGACAGUUUGUGAAGGAAGGAGUGAAAGAUUUGCUCUGCCCCAGGACACGGUAUGGAAGCCAUUGCCAAGUUUGAUUUCACGGCUUCUGGAGAAGACGAGUUGAGCUUCCAGGCUGGGGAUGUGUUGAAGGUUUUGAGCUCCCAGGAAGAGUGGUACAAGGCUGAGCUCCGAAGUCACGAGGGCUACGUUCCCAAGAACUUCAUUGAUUUCCAUGUUCCCCCCUGGUUUGAUGAGAAGAUAUCCCGCCACGAAGCAGAGAACCUUCUCAUGAGCAAAGGAGUUGGCUGCUUCAUCGUCCGAGCCAGUCAGAACUCUCAUGGUGACUUCUCCAUCUCUGUCAGGCAUGAAGGUGAUGUGCAACACUUCAAAGUGAUGAGGGAUUCAAAGGGUAGCUAUUACUUGUGGACAGAGAAAUUCCACUCUCUAAACAAGCUGGUGGACUACUACAAGACCACUUCCAUCUCCAGGCAGAAGCAGAUCUUCCUAAGGGACAACAGCCAAGAAGAAAAGGAGAGGCGUGGUGGGAGCCUGGAACGGGUAGGCCGGGAAGGAUUCCACAUGGGAGGAGCAGCUGGAGAAGAUCAUUCUUCUAUAUCCAAGAGAUAUGUAGAGCAUCCUGUUCCCAUACUGCAGCAGCAGCAGGAAAGGUAUGGUGGGAGUCUGGACAGGAAAGACAUGAUGCAUAGACCAAGGGACCAUGGCCAAGGAGGUGCAGGUGCUAUGCAACGGAGACACACAGACCCACUGCACCAGCAGAUGCCGCGAACGCUGUGGGUCCGUGCCCUUUAUGACUUUGAUGCUCUGGAGCACGAUGAGCUGGGCUUCCGCACUGGGGACAUCUUAGAGGUCCUGGACAGCUCCAACCCAUCCUGGUGGAAAGGACGCCUGCGUGGGGAACUGGGUCUCUUCCCUGCCAACUACGUCACACCGGUGCUGCUGUGAGGGCACAAUACGGCCCAGAGAGCUCUGCUGGACCUGCUCUUCUGACAUGACAGGGACAGAGAAGGAGUGCAUCUUCCCUUGACACCAGGACAUACAUUGGUUUUUGUUUUGUCUUAAUUUAUUGGCAAUAGAUCUUUUGAAAUGUUGGUAUGAAAGAGAACCCUUUGAGGAAGAAAUUUUUUACCCCUUUUUUUUACAGUCAUCAAGGGGAGGGAGCAAAAAUCUUGGACUGUUCAUUGAGACUGCUGGGUCGUCCCUGCCCUGUCACCUCUUUGGCCAACUAUUGAUAAGCUCCUGCAAUUAGGUUUAUUCUGUGGAAAUGCCCCUCAGGAAAGUCAGGCUUCAGGUUAACUUCAGGUUCAGUAUUCAGGUAGCCCUAUCCUUUCAUUUUGGAUUUGGUAGCAGUCAUAGUCUCUUCAGGCUCCAUUCCACCUUUCUGUCAGAGGCAGGAGGGAUGCCCAUAUGAAUUAAAUGGUCCUUGGAAAACACAUUUAUCCUUCAGGUAGGGCUUUAGGUUGAGGUUGAGACAAUCUCGGCUUUUCUUAAUAGUUUCUGGUUGUCUUGUAGUUUAAUUAUUUUCUUAAUAGUUUCUGGCUUACCCAUCUCACACUGUGUGUGUGGACUGUAUGGAUAUACCAGGUGAAAGGAAGGAACCCUGGAAGCUUUUGUACAAACAUGCAAGUGGUGAAGGUAUGGGAGGGCAAGAAGCUUUCUUUGCUUCUUCUCAUAGACCUGCUCUUCUUUCUGUACCCCCUAACAACUUACCCAUUUUCAAGCUGCUCUCUUAGGUACCUACUUCAGCAAGGUAGCCUGGUUAGAGCAGAUCAGGCCCUUCAGCUAAAUCAGUAUCCAUUGAUUGGAUAACAAUUAAUAUCCCUCACUGGUUCCUUUUGUAGAACUGAGCUGGGGAGGGAUUGGAGAGGUUUCUCUGGUUUGGUGGCAGAAGUUCUUUCCUAGGAACUUGCUGUGCUGAGGAUCACCAUGUACACAACUCUGGCUUACUGGAGAAAUGUCUCAGACAUGUCUUAACAACAGGUUAAGCUGUUGUUUUGCAGUAGGCAGAGAAUAAAGCUGUAGCCAUCUAAUA